CCAGGCCAAAUAAGCCGAUACAAGAAGCGCACUCCGAGACGAACUCGAGUGCCUACACACGACCAAAAUGGUGCGUUGCGCGAGGAUUGAGCUCUCCCUAGAGUUGCAGACGGAUCUCCGCCGAGUGGAUAGCUAUACUUCUGGCCUUGAUACGUCAAAUAGCGCUGUGAACGGUGAUAUUAACGAGAGCGUGGACAUAUCUUGUGUGUAGCUGCCGCUUUCGUUGCUGAAGACGGCGCAAGGCCACCCCAUGCUGGUGGAGCUUAAGAAUGGAGAUACGUACAAUGGACACCUUGUCAACUGCGAUACCUGGAUGAACGUCAACCUGCGCGAAGUCAUCUGCACCUCCAAGGACGGUGACCGCUUCUGGAAAAUGCCUGAAUGUUACAUCCGAGGUAACACCAUCAAGUACAUCCGCGUGCCCAACGAGAUUCUGGACAUGGUAAACGAAGAAGACUUCAACAAGCGCGGUGGGUGUCUGGAUUCUCUAGAGCUGAAGCAUUUUGGGCUUAUGAUUUCUUUUUCUUAUGUUCUACAGACCGUCAAGCCAACCGUGGACGUGGUCGUGGAGGCCGUGGCGGCUUCGGAAACCGAGGAGGUCGUGGGGGCCGCGGUGGACGCGGAGGACGCGGAGAAGGAGGUCGUGGGGGACGUGGCGAAGGAGGUCGCGGACGUGGUCGAGGCGGAGGCCGCGGUCGUGGACGCGGUCGCGGCGACAACUAGCUAGCUAGAUAACAAGAGAACCCAGCGCUGUUAAGUGAAGCAAUCGGAGGUUCGAGUGCCUGCCUCUAUAGUGUCUUACUACGAUUUUUUUUUUUUUGUAUUGUUGAAAGAAGAAAAUAUUGUGCAGUUGAUAGCGAU